UGAACUGAAUUACACAAGUGACAACACAACACUGGCACUCUCAAGUUACCAACGAUUUCGAAGCUCCGUCGAUGGCGGACCUCUCCUUCCUCGCCCUCCUCCUCCUCCUGCCGCCCGCCCUCCUCUUCGUAGUUCUCUACGUUAUAGUCCGGCCCCGCCCCGUCAAGAUCCCAAUCAAGAACCGCCACGUGUUCAUCACCGGAGGCUCCAGCGGAAUUGGUCUGGCCCUGGCCCACCAGGCCGCCAUCGAGGGCGCCAGAGUCUCCAUCCUCGCGCGCUCCAUCGACAAGCUCGAGGAAGCAAAGAACUACAUCCAGCUCUCCACCGGCAUCGACGUGUCAAUCUUCGCCGCCGACGUCCGCGACUACGGCGCCGUAUCGAAGGCGGUGGAGGAGGCGGGUCCCGUCGACGUGUUGAUCGUGAACCAGGGGGUUUUCGUCCCCGAGGAGCUCGAGAAGCAGGGAUUGGAUGAGGUGAAGUUCAUGGUGGACGUGAAUCUGAUUGGGAGCUUCAACAUGAUCAAAGCCGCUCUCCCCGAAAUGAAGAAGGGAGAAGACCGUGGGCCGCGCUCGAUCGCUCUGAUGUCAUCCCAGGCCGGCCAAGUCGGAAUCUACGGCUACACGGCCUACUCCGCCAGCAAGUUCGGGCUCCGUGGCUUGGCCGAGGCUCUGCAGCAAGAGGUGAUUUCUCACGACAUUCACGUUUCUCUCGUAUUCCCGCCGGACACAGACACCCCUGGCUUCGCUGAAGAGACCAAGAGGCGGCCGCCGCUGACUGGCAUUAUAGCGGAGUCGUCUGGGGCGAUGAAAGCCGAAGAUGUUGCGAAGAGGGCUUUGGAUGGGAUUAAGUCUGCUUCUUUUAUUGUGCCUUGCAACUUUGAAGGGUUAUUGUUGUCCAUUGCCACUGCUGGGUUGUCUCCUCAGAGGUCGUUUGUUAUGGCAUUUUUCGAGGUGGUUGCAGCUGGUUUGGUUCGUCUCAUUGCUCUGUGUUUUCAGUGGAAUUGGUAUACUAGCAUACAGAAGUGGCAAGCACAGAACAAGAGGACCUGAGAUUCGCGGUGCUUUGUAUUGCACUUAGACUGCAGUUGUCUGUUGUGGGUUACUUUGGUUCUUCAAGUCUCUGACCUCAUCCAAGGUGGAGUUUACCUGUUGAAUUAACGGCAUUGCUACUUGAGGAAAACUUUUCGGUCACCAGUCUCCUUAUUCCUAAAUUGACACUGUUGGUUUUCCAGGCAUUCAGUAUCGUCUAUAUUCAUUCCCGAUUAUGAUAGAUCCGUUUGUUAGGAAAUUAAAACAAGUCUUGAGAUUUCUUUUGAUACCCUUUGAAUUUUGUUUCUAGUCGAUUUAUUUCGUUGUUCAUAUAGACUACUUCAGAACGGAUGUAAGAACGGUUGAUGAAAGAGUUUUUGAAAAAUGCGUUGUCUGUCAUUCCCCGCCAAAAAUUCAGUAAUAUGUUCAGAUGAA